ACGAACGCACCAUGGCUGGCAAAAUCGACAACCUAACAGCUGUCCUCUACGCUGUUGAGGACCUUCGAUUGGAGCAGCGUCCUAUUCCGGUUCCCAAAGACGAUGAGGUUUUGUUAGAAAUGGAUGUCGUGGGCAUAUGCGGCUCAGAUGUGCACUAUCUGGUGAAGGGGAGGAUCGGAGAUUUCAUCGUUAAAAAACCUAUGGUGAUUGGACACGAGGCGUCAGGAAUCAUUUCCAAAGUGGGAUCCAAUGUGAAGCAUUUGAAGGUCGGCGAUCGAGUGGCCAUCGAACCUGGCUACGGGUGUCGCGUGUGCGAGUACUGCAAAGGAGGAUCAUACAACCUUUGCCCGGAUAUGAUCUUCUGUGCAACGCCACCGUACGAUGGGAAUCUCACUCGGUACUACACGCAUCCGGCAGAUUUUUGUUACAAGCUUCCAGAUCACGUAACCAUGGAGGAAGGAGCCUUAUUGGAACCGUUGUCAGUGGGCGUGCAUGCGUGUCGCCGCGCAAACGUUGGAUUGGGCUCUCAGGUGUUAAUUCUUGGCGCCGGGCCUAUCGGUUUAGUGACCCUCAUAGUUGCCAAAGCCAUGGGUGCUGGAAAAGUACUCAUUACCGAUCUGCUACAGAACCGGCUUAAUGUGGCCAAAGAGUUAGGAGCUGAUGAAACGUUAGUGAUACCCAAAGAUGCAACCGAAGCUGAACUGGUUAAAUUGAUCCACGAACGUAUGAGUUGUGCACCUGAUAAAACCAUCGAUUGUAGUGGCGCAGAGGCUACGGUGAGACUCGCAAUUUUAGCCACGAAAGCGGGAGGGGUUGCCGUAAUGGUUGGGAUGGGAGCUCCGGAGGUCAAACUACCCCUGGUGAACGCUCUUGCCCGUGAGGUCGACAUUCGUGGCGUAUUUCGCUAUUGCAACGACUAUCCUGUUGCACUUAGCUUGGUUGCUAGUGGUAAAGUUGAUGUUAAGCGGCUAAUCACGCACCAUUUUAGUAUAGAAAAUACGGCCGAAGCUUUCAAUACUACUCGCCACGGAAUAGGUGGUGCAAUCAAGGUUAUGAUCCAUGUACAACCCAAGGAUAAGAAUAAUCCGAAAUAGAUAAGCGGUGAUAGCAAAUAAUAAAUAAUU